UUUCCUUUUCCCUAUCCUCCCACGGCCUCUUUCCACUACUACCACCGAGCCACCAUCCCCUACAAGGGAGAGCAGAGAACACACAUUCACUUUGUUGCUUCAGGUUGCAACACCUAAAUUAGGCUACAAUGGCUCUGAGGCUGUGGGCGAGCUCAGCUGCCAAUGCCCUCAAGAUUUCAAGCAGCGGCGCCAGGGCUGCUGCCCCGGCCUAUUCGAUCUCCAGAUACUUCUCCACUGUUAUUGAUGGCUUGAAGUACACUUCCUCCCACGAGUGGGUCAAGAACGACGGCUCCGUGGCCACGAUUGGCAUCAGUGACCACGCCCAGGGCCAUCUCGGGGAGGUGGUGUUCGUGGAGCUGCCGGAGGCCGGCACGAAGGUGAGCCAGGGCGGAGCCUUCGGCAACGUGGAGAGUGUGAAGGCCACCAGCGACGUCAACUCGCCCAUCUCCGGCGAGGUCGUCGAGGUCAACUCAAAGCUGUCCGAGACCCCCGGCCUUGUACGCACAGCAAACACCUCGCCUCCGUCGAUUAGCAAUCCUUUCAGUCUUUCACGUCCGUGUAGCGAUCCUAAUGAACUGUGUUGUUGCGAUUGCGCCGUGGCCUGGCAGAUCAACUCGAGCCCGUACGAGGAGGGGUGGAUGAUCAAGGUGAAGCCGAGCAGCCCGGCGGAGCUGGAGGGCCUGCUGGACUCGGCCAAGUACACCAAGCACUGCGAGGAGGAGGACGCCCACUAGUGCUCCUUGCUCGAUUAUCGUUCCUUUUUUGUUGCAACCAUGUCGACUACUCUUGUCUACAAUAAUUAAACCAGCUUCACCAUGCGUUCAGUUCAUCGGUUCCAGUUUUCUUUUGUCGUUGUACAUGGCGUCCAGCAGUUUGUUAUACCAUUUCAGUGACCGUGACAUCAGAUAUAUGGGGAAGAGUUUGUAUGUUAGUUUGUUGGUAAAAACAGACAUUAUCAUCCACCAACAGAUCAUCAUGUAACUACUCUAAUAUGGUUUAUCUAAGUUUGCCCUUUUUUUACCCUUA